ACCAGUUUCUUCCUCUUCCUGGUCUCUCUCUCAAAUAUUCCUCUCUCCCCUGAAUCGUCUGAUUCUCAUCUUCAUCACCACCGGUCCACCACCGACACCCACCCCCGCCACCAUCGACGCCCACCCCCACGUCACCGAUGCAAUCAUUGCCGACGUCUACCGCCGGUCUCUCGCCCUCUUACCGUCGCCGCCCAUCUCUCGCUGUCUCACCGUCCCGCCUUUCUCUUGCCGUCCCAUUUUCGCUGCCGUCUCACCGUCUCCGCCUGACCUCUAGUAAGAAAAGCGCCAACCCAAUUUCAUGUUAGGGCCUGUGAUUCCUUGAUUGUUGUCUCUGCAUUUUUACUGAAAAAUAUAAGAUUGCUUGUUUCUUUUGCUCUCGAUUAGGAGUGAAUUCUUUCCUUCUAUUUGACACCAAUGUUAUUCCUAUUGAGAUGGAAGUUUUCUGAACCCAUAAUCAAAUCCGCCUUUUCCUCGUCAAUCCAUUGCUCCAAACAACUGGUCACACUAGAAACGAACAACCUGUUGAACCCACCAACUGCCACUUUUCUCUCCUCUGCCCUGCAACACUACAUCAACUCAGACAACCCAUCCCAUGGCCGAAAGAUCCAUUCCCACAUUCUUAAAACUGGGUUUAAACCCAACACCAACAUAUCCAUCAAACUCCUCAUUCUCUACAUCAAAUGUAGAUGUCUGGCCUACGCCCGCCAGGUGUUCGAUGAAAUGCCCCAACCAACUGUUUCUGCUUGUAAUUAUAUGAUUUCUGGUUACGUGAAAAAGGGGAAGGUAUUUGAAUCUCUGAAUUUGGUUAGGAGGUUGAGUUUUUCCAAUCAAAAGCCCGAUGGGUUCACCUUUUCGAUGGUUUUGAAGGCUUCUACUUGUGAGAGUUUUUUGUCAGUGGCAAGUAGUAUGGGAAAGCAAGUCCAUGCCCAGGUGGUGAAAUCGGAUGUGGAAGUCGAUGGUUUUCUUCAUACGGGGCUUGUUGAUUCAUAUGUUAAGACUGGGAGAAUAGAUUAUGCAAGAAGAGUUUAUGACAUGAUGUUGGAAAGUAAUGUGGUUUGUUCAACAUCGAUAAUUUCGGGAUACAUGAAUCAAGGUUCCGUGGAAGAUGCUGAGAAGAUAUUCAAGAAAUUGCGAGAAAAAGACGUGGUGGUUUAUAAUGCGAUGAUUGAAGGCUAUAGCAAAUCAGUGGAAACAGCUAAGAGGGCGAUUGAGGUUUAUAUUGACAUGCUACGGUUGGAUUUUGAGCCAACGAUAUCAACUUUUGCAAGCAUUAUUGGUGCUUGCUCUAUAUUAUCAGCAUUUGAAAUCGGUCAACAAGUCCAAGUUCAACUUAUGAAGACAGAAUUCUUCAGUAACAUUAAAAUGGGAAGCGCGCUUAUAGACAUGUAUGCAAAAUGUGGAGGAAUUGAGGAAGCAAGAAGAGUUUUUGACUCCAUGGCUGAAAGGAAUGUGUUCUCUUGGACUUCCAUGAUCGAUGGUUAUGGGAAGAACGGACAUCCAGAGGAAGCACUAAUACUUUUCAGCCAAAUGCAAAUAGAUGAACAAACUCAACCUAAUUAUGUUACAUUCCUUAGUGCUCUUUCGGCUUGUGGACACGCCGGUUUGGUAGAAAAAGGUCAAGAUAUCUUCAAUAGCAUGGAGGGAGAUUACUCUAUGAAACCAAAGAUGGAACACUAUGCUUGCAUGGUUGAUCUCUUGGGGCGAGCUGGAAGUUUAAACCAGGCGUGGGAGUUUCUAAUAAGAAUGCCUGAAAAGCCUAAUUCAGAUGUGUGGGCGGCUUUGCUUAGUGCUUGUAGAUUACAUGGUGAAGUCGAUAUGGCAAACAUAGCUGCCAAUGAGAUAUUCAAGUUGAGUAAUGAAGGUCGUCCGGGGGCUUAUGUUGCUUUGUCUAAUACUCUGGCAGCUGCUGGGAAAUGGGAUAGUGUGAGUGAAGUCAGGGAUUUGAUGAAGGUGAGGGGUGUUUCCAAAGAUACCGGUUUCAGUUGGGUUGGGACUGAUAGUGGCUUAGAAGGUUUCCAUGUAGGACAAAAGAUGUGAGUGAAGAAGUUAGUAGUAAAUUGAGCAUGGGGCGAUUACACUCAUGGUUUGGGGGAACCUACUUAUACACACCAAAGUAUUUGAUAAAUCUCAUGAGUCCAGUUAAGGAGGACAAGCUACAAUGGACAAGAACACAACGGUGGAAUCAUUCCUAAGGUGGUGGAAACUAUAUUUUCCACAGUGCAUGCAACUAGAGAUUCCACUGAAUUCCUAAUCAGAGUAUCGUUUACU